AUGGAUACAGGGAUCAUUGGCCCCGUGACCGUCAUGGAAAGUUUCACCUCACGGUUCGGAAGCCAGGCUGCAGUGAUUCACGGGCUGAUCGUGUCGUCUAUCCUUGUUCCUGCCGCAAUAUCUUCAUUCUUUGCAGGUUACCUGGCAGACAAACUGGGUAGGCCAAAAGGCAUCAGUAUUGGUGCCUUGAUAUUUGGAAUUGGAGCAGGCCUUGAGGCAGCAGCUGUUCACAUUGGCAUGUUCGUAACAGGGCGAUGCAUCGAGGGCAUAGGGGAGGGCUUGUACCUUGGAACUUUGGUAGUUUAUAUCUGCGAGAUUUCGCCGCCCGACGUCAGAGGUGCUUUAACCACCGGCCCUCAGUUGCUCAUCACAUUGGGUUUGGUAGUGGGUUUCUUCACAUGUUAUGGAACGGCUCGCCUGAAAUCUUCAUUCUCGUGGCGUACUCCCUUCCUGAUUCUUGCUUGUUUGGCAGUGGCUUUCUCGGUUGCUUCUUGGCUCUGGCUGGUCCCGUCGCCCCGAUGGUUGACCAUUCACGGUCGCCGAACCGAGGCUACUGCGGCUUGGGACUACCUGGGGGUAAGCCAGGCGGAACGCGAGAAGGCUGAAAUUGAGCAGGACAGAGUUCUUGUCGCUGAAGUUGCAAGCACCUCCAGCAGAGAACGUGCUUCAUCAGUUCCCCAGGCCCAAGCAAAGUCAGCCAAGGACAAGAUUUUCGAUCUCUUCUCUAAAGACGUUCGGACUCGCACCAUUCUAGCUGUCUUCCUCAUGGGAAUGCAACAGCUCAGUGGGAUUGACGGUGUUCUUUAUUAUGCUCCUCUUCUAUUCGAGCAAGCAGGACUUGCAUCCUCAUCAGCAAGCUUCUUCGCUUCCGGCGUCUCUGCAAUUGUUAUUUUCGCUGUCACUAUCCCUGCACUCAUAUGGGCCGACAAAUGGGGUCGUCGACACAGUACCAUUUAUGGUGGCAUCGGCCUCAGCUUCACGAUGCUUCUGAUAGGAGCUCUAUAUGCAAGCAGGGCAGUUCACAGCUCGAGUGGAGCGGGGCGAUGGGUUGUCAUAGUCAGCAUCUACAUAUUUGCCGUGAUAUACUCUUUGAGCUGGGCUGUCGGCAUUAAGAUCUAUGCAGCAGAGAUACAGCCACAAAGGACUCGUGCCUCGGCAACUAGCUUAGCUCACGGGAGCAAUUGGGCGGCUAACUUCCUAGUAGCACUUGCUACACCAAUUCUACUUUCGAGAAGCAGCUUUGGUGCAUAUUUCCUAUUCGCGGGAUGCACACUUGUCACGACCUUUGUAUGCGCAGUCAUGAUGCCAGAGACCAAAGGCAGAUCGCUGGACGAGAUCGAAGAAGCAUUCAAGUCGAAGGCUGUGGGCUCGCAGUCGCUCCUGAAUGUUCUUCGCCGGACCACCCGAUCUAUGCCCUGA